AUGUCGUUGAGCCCAAAGCAUACAACGCCUUUCUCAGUGACUGAUAUUUUGAGUCCUAUCGAGGAGACCUACAAGAAGUUUAGUGGCAUGGACGGCGCAGGGAACCUAACCUCUCCACUGGGAGCUUACCGACAGCCUCAGGGUUCCCAGACUGGCAUGCAACAGCACUCCAUGGGACACAACGCUACCGUGGCGACCACCUACCACAUGCCACACACUGUCUCCCAGUUCUCGCACAGUGCCAUGGGGGGAUACUGCAAUGGGAGCAUUGGCAACAUGGGAGACCUUCCGUCGUACCAGGAAACCAUGAGAAAUAGCGCAGCAGCAACAGGGUGGUAUGGCGCGAACACGGAUCCAAGAUAUUCAACGAUUUCUAGAUUCAUGGGACCUUCCACAGGUAUGAACAUGACUGGAAUGGGGACCCUGACAGGCAUGGGGGACGCCUCCAGGUCCAUGCCACCCCUGCACGCAGCGCCCAGGAGGAAACGACGGGUACUAUUCUCCCAGGCUCAGGUGUAUGAGCUGGAGAGGAGAUUCAAACAACAGAAAUACCUCUCGGCGCCAGAGCGGGAACACCUGGCCAGUAUGAUCCACCUGACGCCGACCCAGGUCAAGAUCUGGUUCCAGAACCACAGGUACAAGAUGAAGCGGCAGGCCAAGGACAAAGCCGCGCAGCAGCUGCAGCAGGAAAGCAACAUGUGUCAGCAACAACAGUCUCCGAGGCGCGUGGCCGUGCCUGUUCUGGUGAAGGACGGUAAACCGUGUCAGAACGGCUCCAACACGCCAACGCCGAACCAGCAGCAGGUACAGCAGCAGCAGCAGCAACAUAACGGCUCUGGGGUGCUCCCGGCUUCCAGUAAUGCCAUCAAUCAACAUCAAAACCAGCAGGUCCACUCCUUAGUUCAGGCCCAAGACCUGGAGGAGAUAUCACCUAGCCCCCCUUCACUCCACAGCCAGAUCAACAUGGCGCAGAUAGACACUUCUGCUAUAGACUACACCAAUAACAUGGUCAGUUCCAACCUCCUCUACGGCAGAACGUGGUAG